UGGCGGUAAAGGAGUAACAAGUUUUCCCGUGUCUUCAAAAACUAACGAAAUGUGAACAAAACUUUAUUGUUAGCGUGAAAGAUCGACAAAUUUCAAUGAAGUUGGGAGGGUUAAUGCUACAGCAAUUGGAGGAUCAGCCUCCAUUGGUUCAGGCAUGUUUCCACGGUGAUCCUGAUGAAGUGCGAGCGUUAUUGUAUAAAAAGGAAGACGUCAACUAUCAGGAUGAAGAGAAGAGAAGCCCGUUACAUGCAGCCGCGUACUGUGGUGAAUCAGAAAUAUCUGACCUAUUGAUACUCAGUGGUGCUCGAGUUAACGCUAAAGAUAAUAAAUGGCUGACUCCGUUACAUCGUGGUUGUGGUUCCAAAUCUGAUGAAGGAGUAGAAACAUUGUUACGUCAUAAUGCAGACGUCAACGCCAGGGAUAAAAACUGGCAGACACCAUUACAUGUGGCAGCCGCUAAUUCAGCUGUAAAAUGUGCAGAAUUUAUUAUUCCUAUGAUGACCAAUAUCAACGUGUCUGAUAGAGCUGGUCGAACAAGUCUACAUCACGCAGCUUUUAAUGGUCAUAAAGAGAUGGUGGAGUUGUUAUUAACUAAUGGAGCUACAAUCAAUGCCUUCGAUAAGAAAGACAGAAGAGCUAUUCAUUGGGCGGCUUAUAUGGGCCAUGAAGAUGUUGUCCGGGUUUUAGUAGAAAACGGAGCAGAAUUAAACUGUAGAGAUAAAAAGUCAUACACACCUCUCCAUGCUGCUUCUGCUAGUGGUCAAGUCUCAGUUGUUUGUUUAUUGUUAGAGUUGGGAGUUGAGGCCGAUGCUAUUGAUUCUUACGGCAAUACAGCUCUACAUGUUGCUUGUCUAAACGGACAAGAUUUAGUUGUAAAUAAAUUGUUACAGUAUGAUGCCAGCGUAAAUGCUGUUAAUUAUAAAGGUUUGACACCUAUUCAUUACGCUGCGGCAUCAACUCAUGGAGCAAUCUGUCUGGAAAUUCUCGUCACGGAAGGGGGGAACACAAAAAUACAGUGUGAAGAUGGCCGAACUCCGUUACAUUUAACCUCUCUGCAUGGUAGAUUUACUAGAGCCCAAACAUUACUUGAGCAUGGUGCUGAAAUAGAUGCAUGUGAUAAAAUGGGUAAUACAGCGCUACAUAUAGCAGCCAGAUACGGUCAUGAGUUAUUAAUAAACAGUCUGUUAGAACAUGGUGCUGAUCCAAUGAGACGAGGACACAAUGGUAUGUUGCCUAUACAUGUAGCAGCAUUAAAUGGUUACGUAGAUUGUGUUAGAAAGUUUCGUAUGGUUUUACCUGAAUUAAAUAUUAACGCUCAAGAUGAUGUUGGAAGAAGUUGUUUACAUGGGGCCGCUUGUAGUGGUAAAGCUGAUUGUGUCGAGUAUGUUUUACAUGAAGGAGGUGACGUCAAUAUACAAGAUGCUAAUGGAAGAAGUCCACUUCACUAUGCUUCGGCUAAUGUACAUCAACAAUGUGUGUUAUUAUUGCUCAAUGCUGGUAGUACUGUUAAUAUGACUGAUAGUAGAGGUUGUACACCAUUACAUUAUGCUGCACCAGCGGAUUCAGAUGCCAGAGUUGUAGAAUUAUUGUUACGUCAUGAUGCCCGGCCUGGUAUAAAGGAUGAUGAUGGUUUUAACGCUGUCCAUUAUGCUGCCUUAAAAGGCCAUAAACUUGCCUUAGAAAUGCUUUUAGAUCUUUCAGCAACAAACCUACUAAGAAGUGGUGCUCCAUAUUCCCCGGGUCAUUUAGCGGCGUAUAAUGGUCAUAAUGACGCCCUCCGAGUUUUGUUGAACAGUAUGAUGAAUCUUGAUGUUAAAGAUAUAAAUGGGCGAACGAUGUUAGAUUUAGCGUGUUGGAGUGGUAAUACAGACUGUGUAGAAAUGUUAUUAAUGCAUGGUUCUAAAAUACUAGUUCAUGACAACAUAUCUAGACGGACACCAUUACAUGCAGCGGCAAUAAAUGGAAAUACUAAAUGUAUAAAUUUACUGUUAGAAACUUGUGAAGAUAGUAACAUAGUUGAUUGUACAGAUGCUUAUGAUAGAACACCACUGAUGUUAGCUGUAGCCAACGGUCAUGUAGAUUGUACGAUAUAUCUGUUUAGAAAUGGUGCUAUAGUUAACGCUAGAGAUAUUGAUAGUAGGACGGCUUUACACAGAGGAGCAGCUAAUGGUCAAGAAGAGUGUGUUGAAGCUCUGUUACAUCAUGGUGCUGAUAUGACCUUGGCUGAUGGUAAAGGUCGUACACCGGUUCAUAUGGCAUCCAUGUGUGGUCAUGUUGGUUUAUUAGGUUCUUUACUUCUUAUGGGUUCAUCAGAAAGAUUAGAUGAUGCUAAAGGAUUUUCACCUUUACAUUUUGCUUGUUAUAAUGGUCAUGAUAGUUGUGUAGAGUUAUUAUUAGAUUAUGUUUAUAUGUGGUAUCAAGUGUUCUGUGAUGUCUGA